UGACAUUAUUAAUGCGUUUGUUUGUCAUCUGUGGGUUCUGUAUACAAUCUGUUGCUGAAGAACUCGGACCUUUCUUCUGCACUGGGUUUUUCAAGGAUGUUUUGAAGAAAUUGUUGGAAAGUUUUAUCUGCUUUUGAACAUUAUGAGCGAAAACGUAGAAGAUAGGAAUUCAGAAGCGCUGGAUCAUCGGCCUAGGGACCAAACCGAGGACUCAGAUCAAGUGAAAAUAGAAAUAACACCCCCAGAGGAGGAAGACAGACCCACGCGUAAACUGGUAGUGGUACCAGUAAAGGAGAAGAGGGUUUCUUACGCUGGCAUACCCGCACUGGAUGAAAUUUCAGAAGAUGGAUCAACUACGUCAUCGCGACAUGACCGAAGUCGGAAGGUAUCCUUGUUUUCCAGUCAGCUGACCCAACAGCAACAUCGAAAGCUUUCUUGUGAUCCCUUCUUGAUUGUCAAUCAAAGAAAGUACUCGGACAUCUUAGCACCAAGCAGAAAAUUUUCAGGUAUUAACAUUCCACCUCCUCUUGUUUUACCUAGCCGCAAAGUUUCUAUUGAACCUUUAAAUCUUCCUGGAGUUGCCAAGAAAUAUUCAGUGAUUUCAAUUGGCUCGGACUUCGACUCUCAGGAAACGUUUGAAACUCUUCCUCACGCGGACCACUACCGCCAUGAUCUCUAUGAUGUUGUAGGGGAACUUCGACAGCGGCCCACAUUGGACGAACUUCGCGAUGACGAACGGAAAUCAGAGCCUCGCACUCCUCUCACUCCCAAAAAGCUGUUUGAAGACGAGCUAGAAGAUUCCUCCCCUCCACCCGUCCAGAAAAAGGAAGCCUCCGACGCCAAUAAGUUCGGAUGGAUUCAGGGAGUGCUUGUGCGAUGUCUUCUGAACAUUUUCGGAGUGAUGCUUUUCCUCCGUUUGACCUGGAUAACGGGUCAGGCUGGGAUAGGACUGACCACUGUCAUCAUUUGUCUAUCUUCCCUGUUAACCACCAUCACAACUCUGUCCAUGUCUGCCAUAUGUACCAACGGAGAAGUCAAGGGAGGUGGAGCCUAUUACAUGAUUUCAAGAAGUCUUGGACCAGAGUUUGGUGGUUCAAUAGGAGUCGUAUUUUCGUUGGCAAACGCAAUAGGAGCUGCUAUGUACAUAGUCGGAUUCGCAGAAACGGUUCAAGGACUUAUGUUUGAUCACGGUGCACAGAUAACUGGUCAUGCAUUGAAUGAUGUACGUAUCAUUGGAUCCGCCACCAGCGUCCUAUUGAUAGCAAUUGUUAUUAUUGGCAUGGACUGGGAGGCAAAGGCUCAGGUUGGUCUGUUGGUAAUCCUGACUAUUUCCAUCAUUAAUUAUUUUGUGGGAACAUUCAUUCCACCAAAAGAAGAAAAUCAGUGGAAAGGAAUCAUGGGAUAUAAAGCUGAAAUUUUCUCUACAAACUUUGGUCCAGACUUUAAGGAUGGCGAGACAUUCUUCUCCGUUUUUGCCAUAUUUUUCCCGGCAGCUACCGGUAUUUUGGCUGGGGCCAAUAUAUCCGGGGACUUGAAAGAUCCCCAGGUCGCCAUCCCAAAAGGGACAAUUCUAGCCAUCCUUAUCACGACCUUUGUGUACCUGGGCAUCGCGUGGACCAGUGGAGCUGUCAUUGUCCGUGAGGCUGUUGGAGGUCAGGUUUUGGAUGCUCUUUUUGAUCCCUCUACAAACACUUCCCUGGCCCCUACCCUGGAACUGGUACAGGAUUGUAAGAAAUUUAAUAUGACUUGCGAAGGAGGAUUAUUACCUGACAAAGGGGCAAUAGGCAUAGCCUCUGCCUUUGAACCGCUCAUUUUGGCAGGAAUAUUUUCUGCAACAUUGUCCUCGGCACUUGCUAGUAUGGUGGGAGCACCGAAGGUUUUCCAGGCAUUAGGAAAGGACAGACUUUUUCCUCUUCUGCAUUUCUUUGCUAAAGGUUACGGUCCGGGUGAUGAACCGCGCCGGGGUUAUAUCUUGACUUUCUUUAUUUGUGUAGCCAUGGUGUGUAUAGGGGAACUGGAUUUGAUUGCGCCUAUUAUUUCAAACUUCUUCCUGAUGGCUUAUGUUCUGAUUAACUACUCGUGUUUUGAUGCUUCGUUAGCCGAUUCACCUGGAUUCAGACCCAGCUUUAAAUAUUAUAACAAAUGGAUAAGCUUUGUUGGUUCCCUGCUUUGUUUAGCAGUAAUGUUCUUAAUAAACUGGUGGGCUGCCCUGAUUACCUUUCUGGUUGUCGGAGCUCUUUACCUCUACGUCCGAACUAAAAAGCCAGAUGUGAACUGGGGAUCCUCAACACAGGCCCAUGUGUAUCGAGACGCACUCCAAGGAACGCUUCGUCUUGUGAAAGUAGAAGAACACGUCAAGAAUUUCAGACCACAGAUUCUGGUUUUAUCGGGCUAUCCAAGGAACAGACCCGCUUUAGUGGAUUUUGCUGCAAACAUUACAAAGAAGCAAAGUCUAUUAAUCACUGGCCACGUGUUCACUGGAGACAUGUCAGAUCACGUGAAGAAUGUACGAUCACAUGGUGCCUAUAAAUGGUUUGAAAGUAGGAAAAUUAAAGCAUUUUAUAACGCUGUAGUAACACCGACGCUGCGAAUCGGAACUCAAGUUCUCCUACAGGCCUUGGGCAUCGGCAAGCUCCGACCAAACACAUUAUUCCUUGGGUACAAGUCUGACUGGCAGAAGGCCGAACCUGAGGAAUUAGAGGAUUACUUUAAUAUUAUACAGGAUGCAUUUGAUCUGAAAUAUGGGGUGGGUAUAUUGAGAAUUCCCGGAGGCUUUGACAUCCAUAAAAUUCCUGAUGAAAGUGAAGUAGAUGAUGACCCUGAUCUUACAGAGAACGUCGAUAAUUCUGAUGACGACGAAGAUGAAUUUGAUGAGUCAACAGGCCAGAGGUCUCCUUCUUCACACCCCGAUGAAAGGAAAUCAUCUGGUGGUUCUUACAACUUCAAAGAUAGUUCAAAAAAUGUUGGUGGAAUAAAACUGAAACGUUUGAACACUGUGGAGGAAGGAUCUGAAAACCUAGGAUACAUACCUGACGCUCCAAAUGGUAACAUGAAGGAGGACCGACCCAAACUUAGUACCCUCUUAUCAACUGAAUCUACAGCCCCAUUGACCUCCAGAUUUCAAGAGGUUCAGCAUGGCAGCAUUGAUGUCUGGUGGCUCUUUGAUGAUGGAGGAUUAACAUUACUCAUACCAUACAUUUUAUCCAAAAGAAAAGUUUGGAAAAAUUGCAAACUGAGAAUUUUCUGUGCCGGAACAAAGAAGGGGAAUCAAUACCAGGAUGAAGUCAGAAUGUCAUCUUUGCUGGCAAAGUUUAGAAUUGAAUAUUCUCAGCUAACUGUAAUACCAGAUUUAUGGAAAAAGCCUUCUCUUACAAUGUACAAGGACUUUGAAAGUAUAAUUCACCAGCAGCGAAUCAGGCCUCACGAAUCUCCAGAUGAUUAUCCUUGGAAGAUUUCUGAUGGUGACCUCCUGGCAAAUAAACAAAAGAUCUACCGAAAUAUCAAAUUAAAGGAACAGCUACUAAUUCAUUCUCCAGAGGCAUCACUAAUAGUCAUGACGCUUCCUGUUCCUAAACGAGAGGCGUGUCCAGCCACGCUAUACAUGGGUUGGUUAGAAAUGUUAUCACAGGGACUGCCGCCAAUGCUCUUUUUAAGAGGAAAUCAAGAAAACGUGCUCACCUAUUAUUCAUAAAUUUAAUGUACAAAGGGUAUUGACAUUUAGAACUUGUAGUAAGAAAUUGGAUGUUUAUAAGUAAUUAGUUAUGCUUAUAUAUAUACAUAUACUUGAUGCUACUCAAAACAAUUGUACUGUUGUUGUCAAAUUGUUUUAUUUUGCACAUAACCGCCUUAAAAAACUCAGUGAUAGCUGUCUUAGAAGAAAAUUACAAACGCACAUAUCUUAACCAAUAAAAACAAUAAAUUUGACAA